AAAAAUCGGCUUUUGUUUGAGACUGUCCACCGAUCAGCCUACCAUAGUGUAGUUCGAAUCUGUAUCUUGUUACUGGAUGAUACAAAAAUUGGGUGUACAGAGCAAAAAAUAUUUCAUUUGAGUGCGUGAACCCGUUUCUUAAGUUAAUAUCCGGUGGCAAAACCUUAACAGUUAUUAUCGUUUCUGUUGAAAAAAAAGCAUUUAAACCAUUUUCGUUAGAACAUCCCAGAAGUUUCGUGAAUUAAUUUCAAAUUUCUCUACUGGGCGUAGUGUCAGAAAUUCGCGAAAAAAAAACAUCAAAAAUGACAAACAUUGCUCAACAGCACGAUGUGGUGAAGAACAGUCUGUUUCAGUUCAUAAACACCCAUAUUCCGGGUGCCGAUCUUAACAUUGUCGACGACAUAGUACUGUCCUAUGUGAUCUCAAUACUAGAAGAAGCAUCGCAGGAUCCGUGCUUUGAUGUGGAAGGUUUCAUUGAAAUGAUGUCUGCAUAUUUCAAUGAUUUUUCCAACAUCGAACCGGCAACUGUUUGUUCCUGGAUAUUCCAGCUGGAAAGCCAACUGUCUGAAAAACACAACAAAGCUUGUAACAACGAUGUACAAAACCUAUCACUGAACUCGCUAAGUUUGGCCGACAUACUACCGGAAGAAAAACUUCGUGGUCGACAGUCAUCGAUCUCUGAGAAUGAACCAACUGCCAAUGGCGGCGGUUGCCAUCCCAAACGAGUUCAGCAUCUCUCGGAAACGAGUGAUGCGGGUUCUACUGACAGCUCCAAUUGUGAUCUUUUCAGUGACGAAUGCGAAGCAUUGCAAGAAAUGUUUCCGGAAAGUUCACUUAUUGAGGUUAAGCAUUGCAUUUUGAUCGCAAAUGGAGACAUUGAUCGAGCUACGCAAAUAUUGCUUCAUCGCCAAGAAGCUGGGCAAAGCCUAAAAGGAAAUCCGAACAAUCUGCAAUCCAACAAAUCGCUUCCGCAAAUCGACGAGACUGAGCUGAAGAAUAGAAUUAUAUCAAGAUACUCAUAUGUUGACAAAGAGGAUCACCGCGAGUACAAACCGGUUGCGCCAAAGGUUGAACCGAAAAAGCUUAUUCGUUAUCGAGACAACAAAAUUGUUUCGCUCAAAGGCGAACGUUAUACCGAAGUAUCACGCCGUGGAGGUGAUGAAGAGACGGAGCUCAAAAAGCCCAAGAAACCUAUUUGUCCGUAACUAAAAUGGAUCCUGCUGCUGAUGCUAUUCAUAGCCAAUACAAUAGCUACAAUUAUCAGCUGUUGUACCCGUAAGAGUGGGGUACAACACAGUCAUCAACCGACAUUACUAUUAUUCGUCGUGUGUGUAGUAAUCGUAACCAUGAUAUGCAUUGUAAUUUCCCUGAAAAUGUGUCACAGAUUAACUAAGAAUAGUCAAGAACACCAGCAGCAAAAAGACAGACUAUACGAGUUUGAUGACGACUAUCUAAUAGCGACUAGUAACCGAGAUCAUCGUAUUGGAUCCCAUGUUUUUAUCAUAUAUUGCUCUGAAUCUCUGCAACGAAAUGAGAAGUUGGCGGAAUCUCUUGUGUCUAGCGCUCAAGCUGCUUGUUUCUCCUCAUACAUUCAAAAUUGUCUCAAAAGACUUACGCUUAGAACUGUAUUAUUAAUUUCUUCCUAUAAACAACGUUUUUGUUUACAGAGUCGAAAAAGGACACAAAUCUCAUUUCACAGUUUUUAUACAAACCCUAUCCUAGAUGUUCCUAAUUAUCAUCAUUAUUUCGAGUUUAUAUUUAUUUUAGAGUUACUUUUUCGGUACUUAUUAUUCACAAUGAUCAUGUUUAUUAAUGUAUUUACUAGUAUUAAUCCAAACAUAACGAGUCGUAUGAUUUAUUUCGUUUAUUUACGAAUAUAUGGAACCUCACUUAUACUAGAUUUAUAGUUUUGAUUGUAUCCGAAAUUCUAUAUGGUUUUUCUUUUUAGUUUCAGUAUUAUCGAUGUGAAGAAUAUCGUUGAAGUUGGUGCAAUCACCUACAACGUGUGAGAUUUGAUACGACUUUAACAAGAACGAAUGUGAUUCGAUUUGUGAUAAUUUAGUUAUCAUUUAGUUAAAAAAAUAGACCAUACUUAAAACUAUGUGAGUAGGUGUUUAUAGGGAUUUUCGCAGGAAGCUAUGUUGCCCCUUUUGGCAAACUUACACAGUUAUUUAUUGAACACGUUUUAUUCUUGGAUCGAUAGUCGAGAGUAAAGUAGGUAGCAAACAUUUCAACGGUAUUCUGAUCAUCGUUUAAUAGGCUGUGCUUUUUAUUUUUGAUUUUUUUUUUCAAUAAUCUAUAUAAUUUAGUUUAAAAUUGCAUUGGGUUGAAUGAUUUAUCAGUAGUAAGAAGUUAACCAUACGACGAUUUUAAAUUCAUGAAUCGACCGAGCAGCAGAAGUCAAGUUACUGUCCAAUUGACUUUCUAUGACUUUGUAGUGAAGAGAUGAACCAGCCUAGGGCUGAUAAACCUCAUUAAUAAACAGAUAAUAAUAAUAACUUCGAUUGUAAGCUGAAGUCCUAUCAUUACACAUGGACAUCAUUCUAAGAUUGUCAAGAUUCAUUUUGUGUUUAGCACUUGACUUGUUGUGUCAGCAGGUUGUAUAGACAGUAGAAGCAUGUUCAAAAACAGGUGUUUGCAGUUUUGCUACUGGGUAUAUUUCUGGUUUUAAGAGUAUUAUUGUUGUAUAGUUUGCCCCAAAGAAUUUCACCUCGAUUUGGCCUUUUUUCUUCAGAAAUAUUGAGCAAUUAGUUGUGUCUCCGUAUUCCGCAUUGCAAUUGAAAUUGGUAUGGGCUUUUGUAUGGGAAAACGUACUUUUUCCAUUAUAACUCAUAGGGUAACCAAUAUAAUUUGGACGCCCUGGGUCGUAUUAUCACAAUUUUCAUAGAUUUGAUGAAGAGAUGACGACAAUGUUUAGAAUCAUUCCAUACAUUAGAUUGCUCCGCACGGGCAGAAAUCAUUUCCUCACUGGAAAUAUCAUUACGUGCCUUGAAAAAAGUUUUGUCAAUGUCGUCAUCCGUGCGAGUGUCGCAACAUGUUUACAAAAAGAGAUUGCAGUGCUGAGGAAACUUGCGGAUGUAAACAAAAACGUUUAUCAUUCUAGCGCAUUGAAUUCUCAAAAUUCGUCUGAUCAGCCUUUGUCGAUCAAGUAAUAAGGAUGUGGUCCAGGAUAUUCAAGUGGCAGAUUCUUCGAAAAUAGUUCCAAACGGGUUUAUGUCAAAUAUAUAUAUAAGGGAGUCCAAAAUGUAUCGGGGUGUUCAAAACAGUGAAAACUAAUGCUUUAAAUAUCAGGUAUUUUCAUCAAAUUUUCAGCCAGAAAUGACCUUGUGGGUAUUUUUAAUGGACAGUGGAGGCUUUGACGAUCAUACUAACAUCAUUAUGAUAUGUAACACCCUCUAAAUCGAAACUGUUUUUUACUUCAAUUUAAAACCAAUGUCCUCCACCAGGGGUCCAAAAUUCGAACCGUUACCAUAUUCAAGCUCGUUGAAGAGUGUUCGUGAGAAAAGAUUUGAAUUUCACUGAAACUUCAUAGUGACAAAAGGAGCAAAUGCAGACAAUAGCACCCGACCUUUUUCAAGUAUGUAGGGAAUGUGUUCCAUCAUUAAUCUCACGCUCCCAUAUUCAUCCUAUUCGAAAACAAGCGAUUACGGCACCGAUUGAUUCCGUUCUUUUUGUUUUCAUGGGUGCUCACUUCUAACAAAAAAUACAAAAAUAAGAAACAAAACAAACAGCGCUUCAAUCCUUUGUUUUUCGUAGGAUGAAAAUGGGAGCCACAUGCUUAAGAAGGGAACCAACACCCUAUAAGCUUUUCCGUUGAAGUUGAACCAGUCAACCGUACACUUAAUUUCGAUCCGUCAAGCGUCGCACGAAUCUGUUAGUUUCACCGGAAAACCAUGUUCGAUCAUAAACUGCCAUAGCUGCCGUUUCUCUUCACCGAUGAAACCAAUAAACAGAUGAUGGAUCUGCAAAUUUAUCGAGAAUCUGUCGCAGGGUGAACAUCUGAUCCGUCGUUGAUUGUUGAAGAUAGUAAUUAAAAACAGGUAUGCCGGCCACAAUCGCCGUUAAAUUGUAUAUAUCUUUUUUAUUGAUAUUUCUCGGUGAACGUUUUUACGUAAAUCGAAAUAGCAAUAACAAUGUAUACAUAGAUUGCGUUCUUGCCGUUGACUGUCCAAAAAUGUUAGUUGAUAUGUACAUCAGCACCCAUUUCAAUCUAAUGCAGAGUGCUCUUGAGAUAGUUUGAGGAUUUUAGUGACCAAUAUGACCUUUCGAAUAUUCCAAAAAAAACAUCCAUUAUUCUUUUCACGGAAAGGUCGAACCACAAUGGUGUUAGACCUUAGCAUCUUUCAAAUUUUUAUAUCAAUGUGACUGAACAGCUUAAGCACGUAGGAGUCAUCAUUGAUUCUAUUGGUCACCUUACAUUAAUACGCUCUCAAUGAAAAAAAAAAAUUGCAUGGUGCCAUCAAUGGUAUACUACUGGCGCCGAAGGUCGUGCUGGUGUAUCCUCCCGUGAGUCAAAGCUAUAUUAAUUUUAAUCGCUUGAUAGUUACUGCACUGUUUUUCAGGCUGAAAUAUUGUGUGCGGAUGGCAAUCAGCACGUAAUGUGCAGAAUUAUCCCUGUGCACCCAAUGUUCGCAAAAAGUUACAACUUAUGAAGAAUUUAGAAAUAUUUGAUUGUUAAUUUUUUUCAUAAUAUUUUUUUUACAAAUUUCAUGAUUAACACAUUUUGGUGAAAAUUAUUCAAACACUUCGGUCGGUACAAGAAUUUGAAAGAACACGUUAUGAUAUUUAAUUUUAAGUUAAAUAAUCUGAUUUUCAUCUAUUGAGAUAACAAUAAUGGAAAGUGAUACUUUUGAGAUGCAUGUAAGAAACCGGAGGAGCUAAUUUCUACUAAACUCAGAGUGUCAAAUAGCAAAUUGAGUAAUUGAAGAUUUUAAAUUAAUUUAAUAUUUGUUAAAAAAACGCAUAAGUCAUCAUUAGAACCGCCAAACUUAAUCAAAAUAAAUCAAGGCCAGAAUUCAUUUGUUGUCUACGAACUACAUUUACCACCGUGAAUUAAGCCUUUCUUCUGUAGACACAUUAUAGCAGAUUCAGUUUUUAUUGAACCAAUGGAAUUUACUAGUCGUAUUGUAGUCCGAACGAAAACUUAAGCAUAUUAACAAAUACCCGAUAGUCAAUACUGGAGCUAAACAGUGGAAUUCAAGUGAAAUUUGUCGAAAGUGUUUUAAAAUUGAGAUGUAGUUUUCGUGAGCAUAAUAUUGAAUAAAACUAUGUGAAUCAGAAA